GUAUGAACUCACUUCCGCUCUUAAUGAAUGUAGAGAAUAUUGCAAGUUUGUGAAUCGGUUUCUCUAAUUCUUAUUUGUUUCUAAUAAACAUUGACUUACAUUAAAUUUUAAUGAUAUUAACGUAAACGUCUGUUAUUACGUUUGGAUAUAAAUAUACUGGAAAUAAAAUCAUGGCUAGUAGCAACGAAGAAAAUAAUAUUGAAAAAGAGGUUGAAUCUGCUAAAGAAGAGGUUAAGGAGGACAAGCCGGUUGAAAAUUUGAAUAAUGAUAUUAAUAAAAAGGAAGAAAAUAUGGAAACAGAAGAAAGUAAAGAAACGGAAAAAAGCAAAGAAAUAGAAGAAGUAAAAGAAGCUACGGAACCAGAAGAAAAAAAGGAAGAAGAAAAAACUAAAGAAGUAGAAGAAACUAAGGAAACGAAAGAGUCCUCGGAACCAACAAUUGAAUUGUUAGAACAGAUCAAGGAUCAAAUAGAAUUCUACUUCGGUAAUGUGAAUAUGCAAAGAGACAAAUUCCUUUCCGAGCAGAUAAAAUUAGAUAACGGAUGGAUACCCUUAACGGUAAUGCUCAAUUUCAAUAUGUUAGCCACUAUGACCACCAGUUGCGAUGUUAUAGUGAAGGCUCUUGAAUCAAGCGAGUUAAUUGAAGUAUCAGAGGAUAAGACAAAAAUAAGGCGGUCAACUAAAUUUCCUCUACCAAAAUAUGAUGAAGAAUAUAGAAAGGCGCAGGAAGAAAAGACAGUUUAUAUGAAAGGAUUUCCAUUAAAAGAUACAAAUAUUCAGAAAUUAAAAACUUACUUCAACCAAUACGAACCAUAUGAGAACAUUGUUAUGAGAAAAUAUCAAGACAAAGACAAGGUGCUAUGCUUUAAAGGUUCUAUUUUUGUACAAUUUAAAACUUUAGACGAUGCUAAAGCUUUUAUGGCAAGAAAAUCUGUUAAAUAUAAUGACGUGGAAUUGAUUAGAAAGUGGUCGGCUGAUUAUACUGUUGAACGUGCAAAUGAACAUGAAGGGAGGAGGCAACAUUAUCAAGAAAUGAGAGAGAAGAAAAAUGAAUCCUUACAGAAGGAUGCUAAAGUUUUAGAGAGCGUUAAUUUACCAAAAGGUGCUAUUAUUCAUUUGGUCAACAUGCCAAAUAAAUGUAGGAGGGAUUUAAUCAGAUCAUGUUUUGAAAAGUUCGAGGCUCCUAUUGCUUAUGUUCACUAUGAAUGUGGCGAUAAAGAGGCAUGGAUUCGUUUCCAGGAAGAGAAUGUAGCGAAAACUAUUUUGGAUAAAUUACCAAAUAACAAAGUCGUGAUCGAAAAAAAUGAAAUAACUUGUCGGGUAUUGGAGAACGAAGAAGAACAGAAGUAUUUGGACGAAGUUAAGAAGUAUAUCGCAAAUGUUAGACAACGUAACAAAAGCAGAAUGGACAAUAGAAAAGGUCGUUCAACAUAUAAGGGCGGAAGAAAAAGGCAUAUAUCUCCUCCAGCGAAUCAACCUCCGGUAAAAACGGCAGCCCAUGAAUAGUUAUUUCUUAAAUUAUCCAAGAAAUAAAACAGGUAGAUGAAAGUUUUUCGUCUUAGACCUGCCAUGUAUAAUAAUAUAAUUCAUGCUAUUGUAACCAUUUAAUUAUUUACAAAGCACACAGAGAAAGUUUAAACAAUUUAGAAAUGCUAGACAUUCUUUUUUAUUAUUCCGAUUUAUAUUUUCUUUUUUUCCGGAUAACUGAAAGAUUUAUGUUAUAUAAUAAGGAAAAUUAAUCUAUAAACAAAAUCCGGAUAAGAGAAAAUAAACAAAUGAUCUAUUGUAUUAUUAUAUAUGCAAUACCUUAAAAUAUGAUUAUUUUUAUACGGUUAUUGAAAAUCGUAAUAACUAGAUACUGUAAUAGUAUUUUAUCGUACACGAUGAGAACCAUUCAAAAUAAAGUUUGUAAUAAUGUUCCUGAGAGAUUAAAUUAUAUAUUAAUAUUAUUAUUAAUUUUAAAUCUAUUCGCAAUAUUCUUUAUUGUUUUCUUUUUUUUUUUUAUCACUUUUGCAAAUAAUAAUAAUACAUAUAUAUAUUAAGAAAUACAUAUCGUACCGAUAGAGUAUUUAUAAAUAAGUGUGUUUAUUGUUUUACAGUGAAAUUUACAAAUUGUAUUUGAGCUAAAGUCGCUAAUUAAAUUUCACCAUCGUUUUUAAUUUAUUUUUUGCUUUUUAUAUUAUUUUACGUGCUUGAUAAAUUUUUUUUUCUUUUCUUUUUUAUGUACGAUCAUAAAUAAUAUCGUUUGAAGUAUGACUACAUAAUACGAACAUGAGAAGGAUUGUUUGCGAAUAAUGUUUGCUUAAAAAAAUGUUUGCGCGAUAACGUAGUUUGAAAAUUAUCAAAAUCGAUACGAUUAGACGAUUUUUUCUUUUGUCGUUUUUAUUUUUUUUUUUUUUUCGUGUAAGUUUUACGCUAAUUACAAGAGUAAUUUUAAUUACACGAUAUUAUUACGGCCUUAAAUCAUUAUUAGCUUCUUAUCAGCGAAGAAGUGUAUUUUAUUUAGUCCUCUCUUAAGAAUGAAGGAUUUAGUUAUUUUCUAUAUUUUUUCUCUUUACUUUGACGUGAUUUAAUCAUCGAGAAUGUUUUUUUUCAGAUUUAUUAUCGUACACGAACGAAUAUGUAUUUACUUUUUCCUCCCCUCUUGUUUUUUUAUUACUUUUUUUCCUUUUUUUUUCUUUUUUUUUUUUAAGAAAUCGAACUUACGUAAUCUUUUAGAUUUUUACUCGUCGUUGACCAUGUUUUUAUUUCUUUCUUUUAAUCUAUUUAUUCAAACGAUCGAGCACGUCUCUUUUCUUGCUUACGAUAAAAUCGUAGUAUUUGUCUUUAUUUAUUUUAUUUUAUUUUUUUUUUCUUUAUUUAUUUAUAUGUUUUUUCAAAAGAGAUAUGGAUUCUUUCGAAGUUGCAAAUGCCACUACGAUUUUCUUUUCGAGAGUUUCUUUUUUUUUUUUUUCUUUUUAAAUAUAUUAUAUAUAUUUAUAUAUACAUAAUACAGUGUCGAUUUUAUUUUAUUUUCUUUUAAAUAUCCUCCAAGGUUCCUAUCAAAUACACAGGCUCUUUUUUUCAUUUGAGAAUUCGAGUUAUUAUGAGUUGGUCGUGGAGAAAAAAAA